AUGGUAUAUCUCUCAGAAGAAUCAGUUGCUGUCCUUAGUGCAAAGCUCGAUUCAUAUACUUCAAAGGCAAACGGGAUUCCCGGACUUGUGUGUACAGUCGUAAACAAGGAUGGCAACCGGAUAUUCCAUCACGCUUCUGGCCACCGUGGUGCUGGUGUUGGCCAGCACAUGCGCCCAGAUGACAUAUUUUGGUUAGCCUCCUGUACCAAGUUGAUAACGUCCAUUGCGGCCAUGCAGCUGGUCGAGCAGAAGAAAUUGUCCUUGGAUAAUGAGGACCAGGUGGAGAGGAUUGCCCCCGAGUUAAAGCGUGUCCGGGUGUUGGAAGAAAACGCCGAUGGAUCGCUGGAGCUGGUCAAUAAGAAGAGAAGAAUCACGCUCCGGAUGCUGCUAAGCCAUACAGCUGGGUUUGGAUAUAGCUUUAUGAACCCUAAACUCAAGAAGUGGUCUGACCCAGUAGGCGUGGACGAGUUAUCUGGUGAUUUUUUUGACAUCUUUGAACAGCCGCUGGUAAAUCAGCCAGGUGAGCGCUGGGAGUACGGUACAAAUAUUGACUGGGUUGGGUUGAUCGUGGAACGGGUGUCAGCCCUUUCUCUGAACGCUUAUUUUAAGAAAUUCAUUUUUGAGCCUAUUGGUGUUGAGAACAUAUCCUUUUUCCCCACUGCACUUAUGAAGGAUCGCUUAGCUUUUAUGCAUCAUAGGCAGACAGAUGGAAGAAUUGACUUGCGUCAGCAUGGGCACCUCUAUCGUCGUCCAUUAAAUGUUCAGAGCGAACAAGAUAUCUCGAAAAUAGUCAACUCUGGGGGAGCGGGCUGCUUUGGAGAUGCGGCGGGAUAUUGCGAAGUACUUUCCGUUCUCCUAAAUAAUGGCCUACACAAGAAAACAGGAUCACAGAUUCUACGAAAGGAAACAGUUGAUGAAAUGUUUACCAACCAAAUUCCACAAUUCCCUGACUUCGGACGUCAGUACACGCCAUCAUCAAAGCCUGAUCUCAUCCGCCCAAGCACUGAGACAUAUCCCCAACCUCAUGACCAAGCUCAAGGAUGGGGGCUAUCAUUUUUUACCUUGAUUCAUCCAUCUUUCACUGGACGCUCAGCUGGCGCAGGCUAUUGGAGUGGUCUUGCAAACCUAGUCUGGUGGGUAGAUCGGGAACAAGAAGUCGGAGGAGUAAUAUUCUCACAAAUUCUUCCCUUUGGAGACACCGAGUUUUGGCGGUGCCAGACAGAAGUCGAGAAGCUAUUAUAUAAUAAUCUCUCCACGAAGGGUGUUAUUUCUAAGAUGUGA